AUGCCCUCACAUCACGCUACCGAUCCCGGCACCCAUCGAGCCGGCGCUCGGUCCAACUCGUCCGUCCAGCUGAAGCCGGCCAUCGACGUCAGGAUCGACGGUCACUUUACAUCCAAGGUCUACACUUCCGGGUCGACCAUCUCCGGCCAGGCCGUCAUCCAUACCCAACGAGACACACCCUUCGACCGGUUCGAAAUCAUCUUUACCGGCAUCGCCGCCACCCGACUCGACUUCGUACAGCAGUAUCCUUCCCAUUCCUUCCGCCCCUUCAUGAAGCUCCGCAUGCCCAUCCCACGUGGCACCCUCCCCGAAUCGAAAGUUUUCGAAGCCGGAACUUCAUACGUCAUCCCGUUCCACUUCGUCGUCCCCCACCAGCUCACCCUGGGCGCCUGCACUCACCACUGCAGCACUCCCGGCGUGCGAGAGCAGCACCUUCGGGUGCCUCCCACCGUUGGCUUCUGGGAGGCCGAUGAUCAGGCGCCAGAGAUGGCGCAGAUCGAGUAUUCCGUCAAGGCGAGGGCCUGUCGUGAGACGGGCAAGAUCAUGGAAGGCUACCACAUGGUCAAGGUUUUACCCGCCGCUCCCGAGGAUCCGCCUCUCGACAUCACCGCUCGGGACGAGAGAUACAACUUGUCCAAGUCCAAGACGAUGCGGAAAAACCUCUUCACAGCCAAGACGGGCAAGCUGACGGCCACGGCCUCCCAGCCUGGCGCGGUCAUGCUCUCCGGCGAUGGGCAAAACGCCUCCACCUCCAUCGCCCGCGUCAGCCUUGAUUUCGCCCCAAGUUCGUCCGGAACGCCCCCCCCAAAGAUCAACUCAAUGUCGGGCAAGAUCAUGACGGCCACCUUCUUCGGUGCCGCCCCGACUGAUCUCCUUCCGAAUCUGGGCAGUCGAUCUGCCUACACGGCGAACCCGUCCCUAAGUUACGCCACCACACAUUCGCUCUUCAACCUGUCCCCGGAUCAGGUGACGUGGCAAGAGCGAAGCAUAUCGACCCGUAGAGAUUCAGGCUAUUCGAGCCUGGGAGUCGACGAGGAUGCGUCCGAGAACAACUAUGCCAGGGGCCGUGACCGAAAGCGCAAGUGGGCCAAGAAGUGCACGAUCCGACACUCGGCGAUUCUCGAGGUUCCAUUCAGCAUUCCCCUGACGAACCUAAAGCUCUUCCUCCCCACCUUCCACUCAUGCCUUAUUUCGAGGACCUACACGCUGCACUUGAACCUUUCUGUUGGACCGACCAAUACAACCAUAUCGCUGGCGAUUCCGCUGCAAAUUGGCGUCGAAACCGUCUUUCCGUCUUCGUUCGACGACGGCCUGCCGAGCUUCGACAGCGCCAUGGCCGAGGUCGAGGUUGAGGAGGAUGCUGCCCAGUACCACCAGCCUCGUGUCUUCCGGAUUCCGGACACGGUCCAGAACAACGGCCUCCUGCCGGGGUACGACAGCCUCGGCCGGCGCUCCAUUGGUGCCUCAUGA